AUGAAGGUGCUCCUCCCACUUGCCGCUCUAUGCGCGGCGCUAGCCGCUGCCAGCGCCGUCUGUCCAUCCAGCGAGUGGCACGCCUUUGAGGGCAAAUGCUACUGGCGCUCUCCGUUCCACCUGGAGUGGCGUUCGAUUGCCAGCGUGUGCGCCUGGGCGUUCCCCGGCUCCACACCCGUCUCUGUGCACUCUCUGACCGUCAACUCCUUCCUCGCCGAGCACGUUCUGAAGUAUGAUAACGGCUGGCUGGGCCUGCGGCGGGCGGGUACCGACCAGCCGUGGUACUGGGCCGACGGAACGCCAUUCGACUGGAGCCACUGGAAGGAGGGACAGCCGGCCGCCGAGGGCGAGCUGUGUGGUCUCAUCAAUCGCGGCUCGACGGGAGAGUGGCGAGCCACGGACUGUGUCGAGGGCUACACCAGGUUCAUCUGUCAGAUGGAUGAGCUGCCAGAGCCGACCACGACCGAGGCAAUGACGACGGAAGCUACGACUACUGAGGCUCCGACGACUCAGGCACCGACAACUACUGAGGCUCCUACCACUACUGAGCCUCCCACUACGACCACCAAGCCCCCGACCACGACGGUGCCUAUGUGAAAAGGCGUCGCUGGGACCAGCAGCCUGGGGCGAGGAGCUACAUGACUGAUCUACAGUCAGCAAGUCAGAAAUGGUGUGAUACUGCUUCAGCACAACUGUAGGUAAAAUGUUGAGCAGCCUAGCAAAAUGUUGAGCAGCCUAGCCUGUUGGGGGACAAAGUAGUUCGAAAUGUGCAGAGUGGCUUUCAGUGAAUGACGUGGACAAUUAUUGACAGUAUUUUAAAGACAUUAACAUUGAGAGUUGGAUGAUAUACAAUACAUUUUUAUGUAUGU